AUGGAUGUUUUUGACAUACAGCCCGGCUCAAGAUAAACCGUCCAUUGCCCUGCUUGCAGCAGCUUGUAAACUAUAUACAUAAAAUUCUUUGGGCAUGCUGAUGCUUCUUUGCUGCUGUGCUGAUUCAAAAGAAGAUGAGAUCACGAUUGUGAGCAAGAAGAAGGCUUUCGCAGAGAAAGAUGCUGAUGGGGACGGUCUUUCCAUGCUGCAUGAGAGAGAAAUUGAAGUUAUACCUUCCACGGACUUGCAGAGGGCAGGGACAGAUGGUUUCAGAGAGGAAGAAAGCACGAUUGCCUCACAAGGAGAGGUUCAUGAAGGGAAGGCGGCACCUUUGUGUGGGGAGUUCAUGGUCAACAUCAGCAAAAUCGGUAAGAUUGGCUUUAGUGUGGAGGCACUUUUGGAUGACUAUUGUAUUGUUCGAUCGGUUGAUCCAGGCAGCUCGCUUGAUGCCAAGCCCUAUGACCGCCUCUUGAGAGUGAAUGGGCAGUGCGCCACUGCCCGCAAAAUGGCGAAAAUGAUCAGCGACAAUGAUUCACUGGAGCUUGUUUUUCAGCGUCCCAACAAAAAGGACAUCAUGCUUCCGAAGAAAGGCAAAAAGGCCGGCUUCAACAUCGAUUGUCAGCUUGCAUCUGUGGGAUUAGUGAUCAAGUCUUUGGCAGACGGUGGAGCUGCCAAAAGCUUGGAGGAAGGAACCUUCAAGCCGUACGACCGCAUCAUUGCAGUUGACGGUCAAGAAGGUCCUCCUUUGGACUUGAUGAAGAUGCUGAUCAAAAGCGACUCUCCUCUCCUGACAGUGUGUUCCUAUUCAUAGUAGCCUCACUUCGCAUUUUAGCGUCACUUGGAAAGCAGAAAGGGCCAACAUGGCCUACGAAACCUAGAUUGAGAAGAGCAACGUCUCUUCGGGAGAAGCUCUGUGUUCCAAAGAUUGCGCCGGACACCUG